GACAGGAGCAGUGCAGUUCUCGCACGACGCUUGACAUCGUUGCGACGUUCAUUAAUUCAUCGAUCGCCGGUGUCGUGGAAAAUUAUUUUUUAUCCGUGUGUGAGAAGAACUCAAUUGUGCGAGCAGUAAUACACUAAUUAACUACUGAGACUCACGCUGGGAAUAUUCUAGCUUACAACGAAAAUGAUAAAAGUCAUUGCGUGGAAUAUCCCUGACUGCAAAUGACACAAUUUAAUUCCGCAGUCAUCAACGCGCGACAGCGAGGAAGUCUUUAGAACAACGUCUAAUUCAAAAUGUGGUCCUUACUCGUCACACUCGUCAGUGUACUGUGUGCAUUAAUACCAACUACGCAGUCCCAAGCUCCGUGUCAAAAUCCACAAGGCCAACAAGGCAUAUGCAUUAACAUUAGGAAAUGUCCAUUUUUGUUGAAUCUUUUACAAUCAAAUUCUCAAGAUCCUCAAGUAGGCAACUACUUACGUUCUUCCGUUUGCGGCUACGAAGGUAGAGAUCCCCAAGUCUGCUGUCCGAAAGAUGGAGGUACAGAAGAAGACGGGGACCGUGGAGGUCGGCAAGAAAUCACCACCACUCAGUAUGGUCCUUUGUAUCCGCCCGAGUGCGGCCACAGUAAUAUAACGCUACGUAGAGUCGUCGGUGGCGAGCCAGCAUCAUUAGGUGCUUGGCCUUGGCUCACCGCUCUAGGUUACAGGCAUCCGAGAGACCCAAGUGCUACGAGAUGGCUUUGCGGCGGUGUCCUUAUUUCGAGAAGACACGUACUCACCGCUGGUCAUUGCGUACACGGACGCGAUGAUCUGUAUAAAGUGCGCGUUGGCGAUUUGGAUUUGAACAACGAUAAUGACGGAGCGUUUCCGUUUGAGGAUUUCAUCGAGAAACGAGUGAUACAUCCUCAGUAUAAUCCCACAAUUUACACGAACGACAUAGCGAUUCUGAAGACGUCUCGAGACGUACCAUUUACAUCAAAUCUUCAUCCCAUUUGUCUUCCGGUGGAUGAUUUUCAUCGAAACAAAAAGUUGGAGUCGACGUAUCCCUUUGUCGCCGGAUGGGGAUCCCUUUAUUUCCGUGGACCCACAAGCACUCAGCUAAUGCAAGUACAACUCCCUAUACGUACAGAAGAGGAAUGUAAAACUGCCUUCCAAAACUUCAAGACAACUGUAAUAGAUAAUCGUGUUUUGUGUGCAGGCUAUGCAAGAGGCGGGAAAGAUGCUUGUCAGGGUGACAGUGGUGGGCCACUAAUGUCUCCUAGUUCUAAAAAUCGUCAGACAUUCCAUGUUAUUGGAGUAGUAUCUUAUGGCUUCAAAUGCGCCGAGCCAGGCUUUCCCGGCGUAUACACGAAGGUCACGAGCUUCCUCGACUUUAUCACCAGCCAACUUGUGUAAAUUACGCUAAAAUUCAAUCAAGCCGCGUGAAAAACUGACAGAGCAGUAUCGAGAAGUUGCUGGUAAUCAAUUUUCUGUUAUGAGGAAUAUAUAUAUAUAUAUAUAUAUAUAUAUAUAUAUAUAUAUAUAUAUAUAUAUAUAUAUACAUAACCUUUUUUUUAUAUGAGAAAGAUACGAAAUAAAAUUCUAGGACGUGAUACAUUUAAUUUUUUUUAUUUGUUACUUAUAAAUCACUUAUUUAUAAUUAUUUAUUCAAUAAAUAAUUAUUUAUAAUUA